GCGACGGCGCGCGUCGUCUCACCGAUCGAAUCGUCGAGCGUCCGAUUCCGCUGGAGGGGCUCCUCGCUGACGUCGACGGGACUCCGCCCACGCCCUUCGAGCACUCGUCGGGUUACUUCAAGCUCAACAGGACCAAGGCGGCGGAGAUGUUCUACUUCUACUUCAAGUCCAGAUCCGCGACGCCCUCCAAGGACCCGGUGGUGCUGUGGAUGACCGGCGGCCCCGGCUGCUCCAGCGAGCUGGCCGUCUUUUACGAGAACGGGCCGUACCACAUCACCCCCGACCUCAAGCUCGAGGUGACCGAGCACGGCUGGGACACCGUCAGCAACCUCGUGUACGUCGACCAGCCCAUCAACACCGGGUUCUCGUACAGCGACGACCCAGCCGACGAGGUCCACGACGAGUCCGUCGUCGCCGAGGACAUGCUCCAGUUCCUCGCCGAGUUUGUCCAAGCCCAUCCCGAGUUGGACGGAAACGACUUUUUUAUCACCGGAGAAUCCUACGCGGGGCAUUACGUCCCGGCGGUGUCCUACCGCGUGUUCCGCGCCGCCCAAACCGGCGAGUUUACCGGCUUAAAGCUCAAGGGCCUCGCGGUGGGUAACGGCCUGACGAUGCCGGAGAUUCAGUACGGGGCGUACGCCGAUUACGCGCUUGCCCACGACAUGGUGGGCCCCGUCGCCGCCGCCGCCGCGAGGACGGUGUAUCCGGCGUGCAGGGCGGCGAUCAAGAAGUGCGGCGGCGGCGUCGCGCCCGACGGGCCGGAACCCGAGCCGCGUUCCAAGAAAGCGACGUGCUUGACCGCGGUGGAGAUCUGCCAGACGAUCCCGUCGGGCCUCAUGGCUGUCGCGGGCGACGUCAACAUCUACGACGUUCACAAGAAAAACGCCGGGCCGAGCUUCCCUUACGACUUUAGCGACGCGGAGAAGUUCCUGAACGAUCCGUCCGUCCGCGCCGCGCUCGGCGUCGGGAACCGUAAGUGGGAGAUGUGCAGCGGCAAGGUUCACGAGGACAUGAUGGCCGAUUGGAUGCGCAACCUCGAACCCACGAUCCCGCCGAUGCUGGAGGGCGGCGUCAGGGUCAUGAUCUACGCGGGCGAGAACGAUUUCAUCUGCAACUGGCUGGGUAACCACCGGUGGGUCAAGGCGAUGGAGUGGAGCGGCAAGGCUGGUUUCAACGCCGCGAUGCCAACGCCGUUCGUCGUGGACGGAACCACCGGCGGCGACGUCACGGAAGACGGCUUGCUGUCGUUUGUCAAGAUGUCCGAGUCGGGUCACAUGGUCCCGAUGGAUCAGCCGCGCAACGCGGUCGAGAUGCUGCGAAGGUUCAUCAGCGGCGAGGCCAUCGCCGGCGGGGAGUGGAACCCCCCCGCGAUUGUGACGAGAUCUGACGCGGUGCGGGUGGGAUCGCGCGCCGGCCCCCGCCGCGCGAUGCCGACCGCGUGAGCUCCGAACGACGACGACGACAACGAUUUUUCCCUGAAUCAGAUGGAAUGAAAACCUCCCUCCCUCUCU